AUGGACGAAUUUCUUAGCACCUCCAAAGAAAGAAGAAUAGAAAACAGAAGAAACAGAAUUAGAAAUAAAUUAAAUAAACAUGAAGAAUCAGAACAUGGAAAGGAAAAAGAAACAAUAUGUAAAGAUCAAGUGGGAGAAAAUACCCUUGAUCAACUUGUAAAUAAACACCAAGAUAAGUAUGUACACACUUUUGAAUAUAAAAAUGAGGAAUAUAAUGCAAAUUAUAAUAGCCUAAAAGAUGAAAUUAUUCAAAAUUUGGACGAAAAAAAAAAGGAUUUUUUAGACGAAAUAUCCAUACAGAUAAGAAAAGAUGAACAGCCCUUUCUGGAAAAUAUAAAAAAGUAUGUUAUUGGGUUGAACGAUAACAAUUUUGUUUUAGCUUUAGAUGAAAAGGAAGAAAAAUUGACUGAACAAAUUGAAGAUAUUUAUCAGUCUGAGUUUCAAAAUAACAUCGCAGAUGUUAAAGGGCUAGCAAUAAAAGAAAAAGAGUCUUACAAGAAGAAAAUAGAAAAGUAUUUUUCCCUUUUAAAAUACAAAGAUGAAAAAAUUAAAAAAGUAUGCGAAAUUAACUCGAAAAAUGUUUUAUCAUUUAUUGAACUCAUGAGGAAUCAAAUGGAAGGUUAUAAAAUAUAUCUCGAAGAUAUACUAAACAGAACACGGGAUGAGCUAAACUCAAAAAGGAAAAAUUUGAUAAACAACAACAAAAAGAUAUUGGAAGACUUUAUAAGGAUGAGAAAUUUGAAUUCCACCACUUUUCUCGACGAACUUGAAAACCAAAAAAAACUCAAUCACAAAAUAAGAGAAAACCAAGAACAAAAUCAUUUAAAUUUAAAGGUCAAAAAUGAACUGCUGGAGAGUAACUUAAACGCAAACAUGGAACACAUACAAGAUAUCAACCACGUCAUUAUGGAGAGAGAAAAAAAAAUAUAUAGCAAUAAAUUGAUACAAGAAAAAAAUAAAUACAAUUUAAAAAUGAUAAAUUUUUAUAAACUCGAAAUAAACAAAUUAAGAGAGGCACUACUAUCCGUUAAGACAUAUUAUUACAACUAUAAGAUUAAGUCCAAAAAAAGUAUCAGUGAAUUAAUAAAUCAGUACGAACGAAUUAAGUUCCAAUUUAUUGAAUUGCAAAAAAGACAAAAAAGUUAUGAGCAAAAUUUUCAGAAGAAAUAUGCAAAAGCAUGGGAAUUACAAAAGAGAGAGGCCAAUAAAUAUAUCGAAAAGUUAAUAAAUGCAAAUCAGAUAAUUCAUGAACAAAUUUUCCUAAAAGAAUUUUGUAAAGCCAAUUAUAAACACUUUAUGGAGGAAAAAUACAACGUGAAUUCAACGUCAUUGAAAGAGGACUCAAAGACACAAGAUGCAGAGAACACUAAGAAAGUCACACUUUAUCAGAUUGAACAAGUUAAAAAAUUACUCUUGCAGGAGUGCAGUUUUCUUGUUGAUGCAGACACCGAGGGAGAAGGGAAUAAGAUGGAAAAAAUUUUUAAUUACAUAGGUGUUCAUACUCAAGAGGAUUUAGAAUUACUGACUCGGUUGUUCUACAUUGAUAACCAACAGGAGAAUGACGAAGAAGAUCUAGCUCACAAUUCAGAAUAUACGUUAGAUAUAAUCUUCAAAUAUUACCAAGAAAAGGAAAAAGAAAAUAUGUAUAAAAUUUCACAAAAGAAACAGAAGUAUAAAAAUAGAUUAAAUAUUUCCCUAAAGUUAAUAAUUGAAAGAAAAAAACAAGAAAAAGAGUACUGGAAUAAUCUCACAAAUAUCACACCCCAUGAUACAAUAGAAUUGUGGAAGAUAUUUUUAAUUUAUAUUGAAAAGUAUUAUCAUUUGUUAAAGGAAAGAGCAACCAUUAUUCAAAAUAUUUUUUCGGAAGAAAAACUAAUGAAAGUGAAUUUGAAUAAAAUUAACAGAAUGAACGAAUCUUUGUCUAAAUUAUAA